CCUCUUGGGCAUUUCGCGCCCGCUUCACUUCCUUACCCCUUCUCUCUCUCUUUAUCUCUCACACACUCGGUCACCCACCCACCCACGUCUGCUCGUGCCCGUUCUUCUCCCGCCCUUUUCCCCCUUAUCCUGACAAUAGCCGGGUGCGGGCGUCUGUCCCUUUAAAUGCCACGAUGCUAUGAUGUCAAGGGGAAAGGAGGGGGGCACUGCAGUUCAAAUGCAGUCCAUGUGAGUUGCAAUUACUUCCUGCAAAAAAAAAAAAAAAAAAAACAGCCAGCCAGCCAGAGAGAGCGAGUGAGAGAGAGCGAGAGAGAGAGAGAGGGGCCUGGACUCCUAGGGACCACGUAAAGUUUGCGUUUGAAGAAAAUACUGCAACGCAGACCAGUGGUGGCGUGUCGCCUGGAUGGAAGAGUAGAAUUACCGCGGAUGUCUUCUCAGUUGGAUAUCUAAGAACACCCUGAGGACCUACUGAAUCUCUUAUCGUCCCACAUCAUGUCACAGCUACUUCAUAUGGAGAUCCCAAAUUUUGGGAGCAGAGUACUGGGCUGUCUCAACGAGCAGCGACUGCUUGGCCAAUACUGUGAUGUGUCCAUCUUGGUUAAUGGUCAGGCCUUCAAAGCUCAUCGAGCUGUUCUGGCAGCCAGUAGCUUAUACUUCCGCGAUCUUUUCAAUGGUAGCUCCAAAAGCCUUUUUGAAUUGCCAUCCACUGUCCCACCUGCCUGCUUCCAACAAAUCCUAACUUUCUGUUACACAGGAAAGCUGACAAUGGCUGCUAGUGAGCAGUUAAUCAUCAUGUACACAGCAGGGUACCUUCAGAUACAGCACAUUGUAGAGCGUGGCAUGGACCUCAUGUUCAAAGCUAAUUCUCCUCAUUGUGACUCCCAGACUGCUACUAUGGAAGAUCCAGGAUCUGAGCCACAGAGUCCAUGCAAUAACAACCAUGGUUCUGGCCAAGCCACCCCAUUGCCCACUUCUGGUUGGUCUUGCACAUUGCCACUACCACUGCGUGGCCGUAUUAAACAAGAAGGGAUAGAAGGCCCUCUGUCUCUUCAAGGGCUUUUCCAAAAGAGAGGCCAACCAGAACAGGUAGUACUAAGUGGCAAGCUUCAACGUACCGCCUCUCUGUACUAUACAAGCAGCAGCGCUGGUCUGGCAGCAGCUCUUUCUGGAGUCCAGACAUAUCCUGCUACUACAGGAGAACGCUCUAGCCCUGGAGCCUCAAGUUUGCCUACUACCGAUAGCCCCACUUCCUAUCAGAAUGAUGAAGAAGAGUUUGAUGAUGAUGUUUAUGACAGUAUCCCUGAAGAGACCUAUGGACAGAUGUUUGGCAGAGUACAUCCUGGGUAUUCUGUCCAAGAUAAAUCUGAUGUCUCAGCCAUGCCCAUUUCCUUGGAAAACCGUUCAUGUGUACUCAUUCGGAGAGACCUAGUGGCCUUGCCAGCAAGUCUCAUCAGCCAAAUUGGGUAUAGGUGUCAUCCCAAACUCUAUUCUGAAGGAGAUCCGGGUGAGAAGCUAGAGCUAGUAGCAGGUACAGCAGUGUACAUUACUCGUGGCCAGCUCAUGAAUUGUCACUUGUGUGCUGGAGUCAAGCAUAAAGUUCUCUUGCGUAGACUUCUUGCUACUUUCUUUGACAGAAACACUCUGGCUAACAGUUGUGGAACUGGAAUACGCUCAUCAACUAGUGACCCUAGCAGGAAACCAUUGGACAGCCGUGUUCUGAAUGCUGUAAAGCUUUACUGUCAGAACUUUGCACCUAAUUUCAAGGAAAGCGAGAUGAAUGUGAUUGCAGCUGACAUGUGCACCAAUGCACGGCGUGUCCGCAAGAGAUGGUUGCCCAAGAUUAAAUCCAUGCUGCCAGAAGGAAUGGAAGUGUAUAGAGGUGCGACACAAGGGAGUGCUGGCAUGCCCUUUGAAUCCGAUUUCCCAGUGCUGACCGCUGCUGGUCUUGGUUUUGAGCAACGCAUCUAUACUGAGCGCAAGGAACCAAUCAGAACUCAUCCAGCUCCUGGCCUUGAGGCCGAGUGCAGCUCUGAGCAGCCCUUUGAACACAGGGCUGUAGAUGUGCAGGAGCCAGAGGUUGCAGGGGGAGAGGAGGAAGAGGAAGAGGAAGAGGAGGAACAGGAAGAGGAGAUACUUGAAGGUGCAGAUGGCCCAGAGGCGCCAACUUCUCACAACCCCAGAGAUGAUGUCGCAAGCCUUCCUCACCCUCCAGUAGGACAGCAGGAGGAGUUUACGGAGCAGCUGUAAAAGAAGAAUGUACUAAGGGUGCAAAAUAACAUUUUCUUUAAUUGGCCUGGAGAAAUACACACUCAAACACCUUAAUUUGUUUUGCAGAGAUGUUGGCAUCUGUGCAGGCUUAUAAGCAGUUGGUAUUAGUGGACAGAUAAGCCACUUCCCAGUAUUUUGUAUGAAUAUGUGAUACUAGGUACAGUACAUGCAGUUAAAACAGAGUAUAAAUUGGUGAAGAAUUGCCCCCCCCCCAUACCCCCAAAAGUACUUUUGUAGAGUUUGAUUUUUAACUGCUGUUCUCCAUUAUAUUUGAGGUGACUUUUGUUUUUGUUUCCCCAUUUUAAAUUUCCGUAAUCUGCGAGAUGUAUAUCUAGGCUAAAUUUAAAUUUUUAACAGAGCUUUCCCAGUUGGAUAUAUAUUUUUUUUUCAUUAGCCUAAUGGACCCCAAACUAUGCAGUUUUCUAAUCACGUGUACAACUGGUCCAUUCAAAAAUAAUUCUGCAUCAAGUAAAGCUCUUCAUAAUUCUGUACAUACCAAAAUCAAACUUUCCUCUGAACUCUCCAUUUUCUUUUGGACAUUUUUGUUGUAUGCUUGUCCCACAAGAGCAGACAUUCUCUGUUGUAUAUGGGUCAACUUUGUCACACCCUAAAUAGAUAGAUAGAUAGAUAGAUAGAUAGAUAGAUAGAUAGAUAGAUAGAUAGAUAGAUAGAUAGAUAGAUAGAUA